GCGGCGCUCUGCGCAGGCGUCCAGCUGCUGGCAUGCUGGCUCCUUGCAAAGCAGCUGUUUUGGGUUUGAAAUUCCAACAUGGCAGAGGCUGCAGUCAGUCUUCCCUUCAAAAACUUGGAAUGAUUUCAAAUCAUAGGCACCUUCACUUAACCCGAGCCCCCAUUCAUCAGCAAACACAUUGGAUCGAUGCGACUCUAACCUAUCGGGUUCUUGUACCAAAUCUCCAGGUUAAAUGAAUACCUGACGAAAGGGCCCACGUUUCAAGGCAGUGACAUUUGAUAGCUGAGAGGAAAAGUGGCUUUAAUGAAAAGCAACCUUUGGAAUUCCUGCUUGUGAAAAAUCCAAUUCAGCUUUUUGUGCUGCCAGCAAGAAAUGAUCAGUAGCACCAGUGUUUAUGGCUUGAAGAUGCAGUGGACGCCGGAGCAUGCCCAGUGGCCAGAACAGCACUUUGAUAUCACUUCAACCACACGGUCUCCUGCCCACAAGGUGGAAGCCUACCGGGGGCACCUGCAGCGCACCUACCAGUACGCCUGGGCCAACGACGACAUCUCGGCUCUGACUGCCUCCAAUCUUCUGAAGAAGUAUGCAGAAAAAUACUCCGGUAUUUUGGAAGGUCCGGCCGAGCGGCCCAUUCUCAGCAAUUACACUGAAGCUCCCUCGGGGCUGGUGAACGGCCGGAAGAAUGAAAGCGAGCCCUGGCAGCCAUCGCUGAACUCGGAGAGUGUGUAUCCCAUGAACUGUGUCCCAGAUGUUAUCACCGCCAGCAAAGCUGGGGUAAGUGCAGCCCUCCCUCCCGCAGACGUCUCGGCCAGCAUUGGGAGCUCUCCUGGGGUGGCCAGUAACCUGGCUGAACCCAGUUACUCCAGCAGCACCUGCGGAAGUCACACCGUUCCCAGUCUUCAUUCAGGGCUCCCAUCUCAGGAAUACGCCGCAGGAUACAAUGGCUCGUACUUGCAUACCAGUUACAGCGGCCAGCCAGCACCUGCACUUCCAUCCCCUCAUCCAUCCCCCCUGCAUAGCUCGGGACUUCUACAGCCCCCACCACCACCACCACCACCAGCCCUCGUCCCCGGCUACAACGGGACCUCUAACCUUUCUGGUUACAGCUACCCUUCUGCCAGUUAUCCUCCUCAAACCGCUGUUGGCCCUGGGUACAGCCCUGGGGGUGCCCCGCCGCCCUCGGCGUACCUGCCUUCAGGAAUCCCUGCUCCGACCCCUCUGCCCCCAACCACUGUCCCCAGCUACUCCUACCAGGGCCACGGUCUGACGCCCAUCGCGCCGUCUGCCCUGACAAACAGUUCAGCCAGCUCUCUCAAAAGGAAAGCUUUCUACAUGGCAGGGCAAGGAGAAAUGGACUCCAGUUAUGGAAAUUACAGCUAUGGCCAACAGAGAUCUACACAGAGUCCCAUGUAUCGAAUGCCCGACAACAGCAUUUCAAAUGCAAACAGGGGGAAUGGUUUUGACAGAAGUGCUGAAACAUCAUCCUUAGCAUUUAAGCCAACAAAGCAGCUAAUGUCCUCUGAACAGCAAAGGAAAUUCAGCAGCCAGUCCAGUAGGGCUCUAACACCCCCAUCCUAUAGUACUGCUAAAAACUCACUGGGUUCGAGAUCAAGUGACUCGUUUGGGAAGUAUACCUCCCCAGUAAUGAAUGAGCACGGUGACGAGCACAGGCAGCUCCUCCCUCACCCAAUGCAAGGCCCGGGACUUCGUGCAGCUACCUCAUCCAACCACUCUGUGGACGAGCAACUGAAGAAUACUGACACACACCUCAUUGACCUUGUCACCAAUGAGAUUAUCAACCAAGGACCUCCUGUGGACUGGAGCGACAUUGCUGGCCUAGAUCUAGUAAAGGCCGUCAUUAAGGAGGAGGUUUUAUGGCCAGUAUUGAGGUCAGAUGCAUUCAACGGACUGACUGCUCUACCUCGGAGCAUCCUUUUGUUUGGACCUCGGGGAACAGGCAAAACAUUAAUGGGCAGAUGUAUAGCUAGUCAGCUGGGGGCCACGUUUUUCAAAAUCACUGGCUCUGGCCUUGUCACAAAGUGGUUAGGGGAAGGAGAAAAAAUUGUCCAUGCCUCCUUCCUCGUGGCAAGGUGUCGCCAACCCUCGGUGAUUUUUGUUAGUGACAUUGAUAUGCUCCUUUCCUCUCAAGUGAGCGAAGAACACAGUCCAGUAAGUCGGAUGAGAACCGAGUUCCUUAUGCAGCUGGACACUGUACUGACUUCUGCUGAGGACCAAAUAGUAGUAAUUUGCGCCACGAGUAAACCGGAAGAAAUUGAUGAAUCUCUUCGAAGGUACUUCAUGAAACGACUUUUAAUCCCACUUCCUGACAGCACAGCGAGGCACCAGAUAAUAGUACAACUGCUCUCACAGCACAAUUACUGUCUCAAUGACAAGGAGGUUGCACUGCUUGUCCAGCGCACAGAAGGCUUUUCUGGACUUGAUGUGGCUCACUUGUGUCAGGAAGCCGUGGUGGGGCCACUCCACGCCAUGCCAGCCACAGACCUUUCAGCCAUUAUGCCCAGCCAGUUGAGGCCAGUUACAUAUCAAGACUUUGAAAAUGCUUUCUGCAAGAUACAGCCUAGCAUAUCUCAAAAAGAGCUUGAUACAUAUGUUGAAUGGAACAAAAUGUUUGGUUGCAGUCAGUGAUGCUACUUAAAAAAAAAUGUAAUGAAUGUUGGCACACACAGAACCUGCUACAUAGGGUAGAGAACCCUUUUCAGUAGUGUUAAAAUUGCAAAGGGUACUGGGAAGACUACAAUUUACCUUGCCUCUAAAGAGUCAGGGUAGACUUGAAGGAAAAGUGCAUCAAACAAGAGCUGCUGAUCUGAAAAAGCCACACAUGACAGAAAGCGCAUGUUGAUGCUCAGUUCUGUUCAAGCUAGACAAUACUCACCAAGGAGCAAGGUGCAAGUGGGUUGAUUUCAGAAGGACAUGAACCCUGUGUGUUGAUUCCAUUCUGCUGUUCUUGAGAUUUAGUUGCUGUCAAGUGCCUGAAGUGGUGCUUUAUUUUUUUGUUUGCCUCACAAUUACAUUGGUGGCAUGUGCUAAUAUAAAGAGCUUUAACUUCAAACAUUAUUGGACUAAAGAGAUGAACGGUUGUGUUGCGACAGAGAACCAGAUUUUUGCUAUUCUAAGAGCAACAGUAUUCCUCAAUCCUGUCUGUUCUGCGGUGUUAAACUAAGAACAGGUAAAACAGGGUAAUGGUAAUCUGGACCUUAAUUUCUGCAGUUCAUUUCUUUUAAUGUUCUGUCUGCAAAAACUCAGGAAAGUGAUUGUGAUUUGUACAGUACCUCAAAGGAAUGUGUUGAAAGCACUAUGUACUGCUGAGAGUUAUAGGCUAGGCUUCAAUGUUACUUUAUAUUAAAUAUGUAUGUUUACCUCAACAAUUGGAAAAUGGCAAGGAAAAUUACUUUGAAUGUAUCCAGGAAAAAAACUAAAGUGUGAUAUGACUGAAGCUUUACAGUUUUUAAAAAUAGAAACAGAAGGAUUUCCCAGUGUUCAGAAACGGUUCUUUUGCCAAUUUGUCAGAUCAAACCAGAGCAGAACGAUUUUUCUUGUUGGUAAACUGUAAGAAUUUUCAGCAUGUUGCUCCUUGAUAAUUACGCGAUACAGUCUUUAGAAGGUGCAUAGAUGAAAAAAGAGCCACUUAAUCGGUUUACAUUAGCAUCCGAAACAGUCAAACGUAAGAUUUGGUAGGACUCCGAGAGGCAAAUUACCUUAAGCUGUGACUGCUGGCCUUUGUUGUGCGGCUUUAGUCAUAGUUUUGAGGUUAUUUUGGUGAAGCUGUAGGGAGUGGGAUCAGUGUAGGUCGCUGGCAGAGCUAUGGGUUGCAGAGCUGUUUAUAGCAACGCAGUGGACUGUGACCAAAACAAACAGUACAAAUAACAAAGCAAAACUGAACCCUCAAAGUACAUCUAUUUCCCUUCCCAAACUGUAAAGUUGAGUUUUUGUUGUGUACGUAUGGCUCCAUUGUCCUUAAUGCAAUCUUCAUUCAGCAUCCAUUAGAAAUCUUCCAGGCUGGAGUGUGCCCACCAUUAUUUCUACCUCAGUUUUGUUACAUUUCUCUUGGAAAGCAAAGUAAGAAAUAGGGCAAAAACCACCACCAACACAAAAGUCAGAUUACAUUAGGAAUGCGAACCUGCCAAACAAGUUUCAGAGAGCUGCUGGUUUUUCCCCUGAAGUCAAGUUUUUCUCUAUGUUGGUGCUCUUUCCCCCCCUUUUUCCUCCCCCAAGUAUAUGUACUCUGGUGUCUUCCUUCUGGAAAGACCAGCUGGCAUGUGUGGCAUUUUGCUCAGUUCUCCCCCACCCCCCCCACCUUUCCUUUUAUCCUCUAAUGCUUUCCCUGCAACUCUUCUGGUGACAGCUGACUGAUGUUGGGUAAUGUCUCUGAGCAGGAGCAGUGCAUGUUGCAGCUGCCCAAAGCCUCUGCCAUCACAUGAACAAAACAGCCUUGCUUUUUUGAAUGUAUUUUUUUUGUUUGUUUACUUUAAAGAGACAGUAACAAAACUGUUGCAAAGCACUGGCAUUUAAUGUUUCUGUUAAGUAAUGUACAUUCAAAACCAUUAAAUAAAUGCACUGAAAAGCCCCAAGAAGAGAGAUACCAAUCUGUUACUAGAUCAUGUUUGUCUUCUCAAAAAUUGUACAGACCUUGUCCGUUUUGUGAAAUCAAUGGAGACAUUUAGCAUUCAGAAAGCUA